CAUAAAUACGUGCUAUCUAUCAUGUCGUGGUUAAGUGUCCGUACACGUAUCGGCCCUAGUCUGGGCCGGUCUCUUAGUAAGGCAACCCGCACACACAUCACACCGCGUCGCGCAUUAAGCUCCAGAGUGCCACAAGGUCCCAUUGGUAAUCAGAUGAUCUUGGUCGGUGGUGUGUCUGUGGCUCUUGCAGCAGCGGCGAUAUCAUCGUCGCCCAAUUCAUGGUUUGGUCUACCAAAGGUCGUAAAGGAGGUAGCGGAGGAGGUUAUUGCUAUAUUACCUGAGGACCAAUCUGAGAAUGAUGCCAAAGUGGAAGUUGAAGAACCGACUCAAAGCAACAAAACAGUUGCGUCGUCACAAAAUAUUACGAAUCCUUAUGUACUCGUUGGGGCCGGCACGGCUUCGUUCUCGGCGUUACAAACGAUACUAGAGAAGGAUGUGAACGCAAAGGUAGUCAUGAUUGGUGAUGAGGAUGAAUUGCCAUAUAUGCGGCCACCUCUAAGUAAGGAGCUGUGGUAUGGGCCCUCAGAGAGCGGAGACCUGAAGUUUAAAGAUAUUGGACACAAUGACAGAAGUGUGUAUCUGCAGCACACACAGGACACUCAGUAUGUGGAUAGUGUAGAAGCACUGCAGGCAAAAGAAGGCCAAGGUGUAGCCUUCAUCAAGGGCGUGAAAGUAGUAGGUCUCGACGCUAAGGAGAAGAGGUUGACACUGAGCAAUGGAGAUACCGUCGUGUACGAGAAGUUAUUAUUAGCUACUGGAGGGAGUCCACGCACCGUGUCUGAAUUGGAAAAUGCGGAGGAGGAGGUUAAGAGCCAUGUAACACUCUUCAGGAAAAUUGAAGAUUUCAGAAAAUUGAAAGAGAUCUCGGACGGGGCGGAGAGUCUAGUAGUUCUGGGCGGAGGGUUUUUGGGUUCUGAGCUUGCCAUCGCUCUGGCACAUAAAGGUGCUACUUCAAAUAUGAAGGUCACUCAAGUGUUCCCCGAACACGGCAAUAUGGGAUUUCUGCUUCCUCAGUAUCUGAGUACAGCCACGACCGAAUUCAUGCGCAAUGAAAACGUCAACGUGAUACCUUCAGCAUCUGUGGAGUCGGCUUCAAUGUCCAACGGGAAGGUUAUAUUGAAGUUGACGAAUGGAUCCGAGAUUUCCACUGACCAUGUGGUAGUAGCUGCCGGUAUUGAGCCAAAUGUAGAAUUAGCACAACAAGCCCGUUUGGAAAUAGAUCCGAAGUUUGGAGGUGUGCUGGUGAACUCUGAAUUGGCCGCGAGGUCCGAUAUUUAUGCGGCCGGUGACUGUGCGUCUUUCCAUGAUAUAACUUUGGGCCGUCGGUUAGUGGAGCACCACGACCACGCAGUAGUCAGCGGACAUUUGGCCGGUGAGAAUAUGGCUAACUCUACACAACGCAAAUCGUUUGAGCACCAGUCGAUGUUCUGGGGUGACUUAGGGCCCAAGCUAGGCUAUGAAGCUAUCGGCAUUAUUGAUAGCGAACUAGAAACCGUGGGUGUGUGGGCCAAAGCGAAGAGUAGUACUGCAGCACAGCCAUCUGGUGAGAACUCCGGCACGAUAACUCUAGCGGAAAGGCAGAAGCAAGAUGAAGACUCGGAGGUGUUCAAUAAGGGCGUUGUGUUUUAUCUACGAAACAAAAAGGUUGUGGGAGUGCUCCUGUGGAAUCUCUUCGACAAGAUCCCUACAGCCAGGCGCGUAGUUAAGGAUGCGAAACAAGUUGAUGAUUUCAGUGAGCUAGCAAAAGUUUUCAAUGUACAUCAAUAAAACCUAGAAGAUAUGUAGGUGGUGCCAAAAUCUACAGAUGGUAGUAGAACUAUCAUCGAAGUCGUGGGAUGCAAACUUGUAUGGGAAUAUUCGCUUUCUUUUCUUACCGAUACCAUAUACGCAUAGUACUAGUUAAACAAACAGAAUAUACAGUUUAAAAUUUGAGCACGGUUACCAAUAUCGAAAGUAAGAGUUGUUGCCGUCUGCGUGUGAGUAUGUUAAUGGACGAUAUUAG